AUGAGACACCUACUGGUGAAAGACAGGUCAUUAGGAAAGGUUCUCGCUGCUCUAGAACGGUCGAUGACAAUUGGUUUCAAGGAAUUGCGAGAACAACAUGAGAUGGACCAGAAAUUGUUGGAGAUCCGAUGGAAGAUUAAUAUAGCUAAAGGGCCUGCCUAUUUUAGUUUGGGCGAGGACAAGAUCUUGUUACUUGAAGGGUGGAAAACGAUCCCAAAAAACCUAAAAUUUAUACACAAAAAUUUGGCGAAAGCCCAUUCCUCUCCAUAUGCCAUGCAUCUGGGAGGAAUGAAAAUAUACCGAGAUCUCAAAAACAGAUACUGGUGGGAAGGGACGAAGAGGGACAACGCCCAUUUCAUCGAAAGAUGUGAUACGUUUAAACGGGUAAAUGAGGAGCAUCAUCGACAUGAAGGAAACUUGCAACCUUUACCCAUUCCCAAAUGGAAAUGGUAA